UAAAAUAAAUCUAAAAUCACUUUUCAGCAAUUUGGUACAGCAUAUGUUGUAACAUUUUUCUAAUCACCGCUGGUCUUUUUUCGGAUUAUCAGUGCAUCUGCUCUGAUCCCAAUCACGCUGUGUCUUUACAACAAAGAGCCGGAGGAUUUAGUCGGAAUCAUUGUCGUCACGCUAAGAUAUGGUUCAAUAGUAGUCCAUUUUGCCUCAGGAAAAAUGAAACCUUGUAUUAUAAUACCGAUGAGUUCCGUUUGUUACACUUUUGUCGCAAUUAUUUAUCUGCAGUUAAAUAUUUCUCCCUCAAUCGCUUCCCUCGGAGCUCAGCCUUCUAGCGAUGAUACUGCACUGUAUAAUGGAGUUGAGGGGGAGCAGAGACUGUUAAGGAGACUGAAGAGGAGAUUGCCCUCCAUGUGGCCGCCUGUGGAUUUGGUCAACAGAACUGUCUUCGUUUACAUCGACCUGUUCAAGAUACAAGAGAUACAAGAAAAGCAUGGUAUGUGGAUUGGAAAAUUCUUCACCUACUACUACUACUAUUCACCCAGUGCAAAAUGGAACAAAAGCGAGUACAACAACGAUACUGUGAAAACAUUCAUCGCUCCUAAAGGAACUUUUUGGAUGCCAGAUCUGAUUGUUCAUGAGGCUUCGGAGUUGAAGUAUGAAGCAUUCGACAGACAGGUCGUUUUUGAGUCGGGCAUGGUCCUGGCAUACACCUCACUCAUGUCCUAUCAGAUGAACUGCAUGUUUGAUGUGUCUCAAUUUCCCUUUGACUCUCAGCAGUGUGUUGCAACUCUGACAACUCAUGUCUCACAGCCUUACGAUUAUCAGCUAGCAACUGAAGAUAAAUUCUACCCCAAAGACAAAUCCGGGAAGUCGUAUCUUCCUCUUCUGUAUUUCAUCCCGUGUGACCAGUGGCAGCUCGAAAUUCCAGUUGAGAUUGAAGUGGAUCGACUGAAAGGAAAAUUAGAAAAUCAGUUUCGACCAGUUGUGAAACUAACGAUCAAUUUACAGCGGCGUCCUUUGUUUUACAAACUGGUUCUUGUCUAUCCUUCUGUGAUUCUGUACCUGUUAUCAGCCGUCACUUAUUUCAUUCCUCCGAACUCUGGGGAGAAAGUCUCUUUUGCAGUGACCAUUCUACUCACUGAAGUUGUCUCCUAUGGCACUCUGGUGGACAUUCUACCGGCAAGUUCACACCAUGUUCCCCACCUGAUAUACUUCCUGGCCGCAGUUACUUUUCAUCUGACUUGGACUUGUGUCACUGCUGUAACAGUUGUGAAUAUCCAGCACAAAUCGCCCUUAUUCGAAAUGUACAAAUGGGUAGAAGACAUUUUAGCCAGCAAAUACAUUUCGCUUCUCGGACUGCAGCUCUUUCCAGUGAAGAAAAAGAGUUGGAUUACAACAAACCAAUCGAAAGGCAUAAAACUGGCCAAUAUAAACCCUUCGGAGCCAAUCAAUGGAAUCUACACUGCUGACAACUAUCACCAAAACGAGCCAACCGCUGUCAAUGAAAAGAAACAAGACGAAAAUGAAGAGUCGGUGUUGAAGUGGGUAUACCUGGCAACCUUUUUGGACCGUCUUUUUUUCAUAUUGCAUAUUGUGGUGAUUGCUAUCAACUUGUCAAUGUUUUCUUAUUUCAUGGAACCCUAUUAAAUGAGUAAGUCAUCGAUGUGAUAUUGUUCAAAACUAUGCAAGUUUCACUGGAAAAAGCCAAAAAUUUAACAGAAAAAAACUCGAAGUUUUAGUCAUAUGUGAACUAGUAGGUUUUU